AGAAGGUGGUUGUCCAACAUUGACUUGAUGAGACAUGUAUGUCAUCGUGGUAGCAAGACAGCAGCACACUUUUUUUUAUUUAACCAUGCAAGUCAGUUAAGAACAAAAUAUUAUUUACGGCCUACCCCGGACGACGCUGGGCCAAUUGUGCGCCGCCCAAUGGGACUCCCAAUCACGGCCGGAUGUGAUACAGCCUGGAUUUGAACCAGGGACCUCUUGCACUGAGAUGCAGCUGCGCCAGUCGGGAACCCAAGAUACUGGUCAAUUAAAUUCAAGGGGCUUUAUUGGCAUGGGAAACGUGUUAACAUUGCAUAACAUUAAAUUGUCACUAUCCGUACAGUAGGUGGCGGCUAUACAUCAAUAGGCGUAGUCUGCCAUAAAACCUUAAGGAAGAAGAAGAAGCACACUCGCGAGAAUUAUGAACCGUUGCUCAUGUAUCUGUUGUCGGUUUUAUAGACAGAUGAGCGAGUCUGCCAACAAAUAUGGUCCCUCUAAAGCGCAGGAAAGUGAACUGCUCCGUUACAAGCGACAGCAGCGGUGACAGGACCAGCAAGUUUCCCGGGGUUGUCAUCUAUCUCCUGGAGAGAAAGAUGGGAGCCAGUCGGAGAGCCUUCCUCACUCGGCUCGGCCGGGGGAAAGGUUUCAACAUAGAAUACUCCUUAAGCUGUUCCAUCACUCAUAUCGUGUCCGAGAAUAAUUCUGGGGAGGAAGUCCGGACUUGGCUGGACCUCCAGACUGGAGGACAGGGGAGAGAAGGGGGAGAAGGCAGGACAGCCCGACCUGGUUCAGUCCAUCUCCUGGACAUCGUUUGGUACACAGAGAGCAUGCAUGCUGGCAUUCCCGUGAUUAUACUGGACAGACACAGACUACAGGAGAGAGAGAAGCCUGGUUUGGAGCUGGCAGUGGUCUCAGUACCCAGCUAUGCCUGUCAGAGACACACCCCUCUACUGCACCACAACAUAACACUGACCGAUGCGUUGUCCAUACUGGCUGAGAAUGCGGAGCUCGGUGAAAACGAGGGACGGGGAGUGGCGUUCCGUAGGGCGGCAGCCUUGUUGAAGUCCCUCCCCCAGGAGGUCAGAGGGGCAGAGCAACUACGAGGACUGCCUUGUCUGGGGGAGCACUCACUCAGAGUCAUCAAGGAGGUUCUGGAGGAUGGUGUAUCUCAUGAGGUGGAGACCACCACGCAUUCAGAACAGUUUAAGGCCAUGAAGUGUGUGUUUCAGGCCCUAACAGGUAUUUUCGGGGUAGGGGCGAAGACAGCCGACCGUUGGUUCAAGGAGGGAAUACACACCCCCUCCGACCUGCAAAGAUCAGGACACACACUCAACAGAGCGCAACGAGCAGGUCUGCAAUAUUAUGACGAACUGAACCUGCCUGUCACAAAAUCAGAGGCUGUUGCAAUUGGUCAGAUUGUGGAGAGGGCGGUCCAUGCUGUGCUCCCGGGGGCAGAGAUCACUCUGAUUGGAGGAUUCAGGAGAGGUAAGCAGACUGGUCAUGAUGUGGACUUCUUGAUAACCCAUCCUGACGAGGGCAGAGAGGAGGGGCUCAUGCCUAAGGUGGUGUCCUGGCUUGAAGCACAGGGCUUCCUGUUGUACCAGAAGACCACUGGGAACUCUUAUCUGGAGAGCAAAGAGGGUCCUGCGAGGCCAGCCUCUAACAUGGACCGCUUUGAAAGAUGCUUCUCCAUCUUUAGACUGAGCACAGACAACGAAGGGAGGGAGAUCCAGACGGGGAAUGGUCCACAGACAUACUCACCGACACUGACCAAUACAGAUCCACACACCCACUCCGAGUCUCCUCACCCACUUCCCCAGACCCUUGUGGUGGUGGGUGACCAUGCCCAGAAGGUGAGCUGGGUGCUGGGUCAUUCUCAGUGCUCAGGUCCCCGGUCCUGGAGAGCAGUGAGGGUAGACCUGGUGGUCUCUCCAUACAGCCAGUUUCCCUUCGCAUUGCUGGGCUGGACUGGAUCGAAGUUGUUUGAGAGAGAGCUGCGUCGCUGGGCAGUACAUGAGAAGGCCAUGACUCUGAGCAGCCAUGCUCUGUACGACAGAAAACGGACGCUGUAUCUAAGGGCUAGUUCAGAGGAGGAGAUCUUUGCUCAUCUGGGUCUGGAAUAUAUCCCUCCCUGUGACCGGAACGCUUGACGACAACAUCCUGGACUGAUAACAGAUACAGUCUAAGAGCUAAGCAAACCCACGCUAAAUUAAACCUAAACAUAAGCCAAAUCAAACUAAGCCUUAUCCCGAGAACAACACACAGGCCAGAUACAGCCUAGGGUAGACAAGAAGGGGGGGGUGAGAGGUGGAUAGACGGUUACAUAUCUGUAUUUUAUUAAAUUGUAAAUAAUAAAAAACAUACAGACCCAGGAUGUUGUAAAGUACCAAAUCUAUAGAUGUGUUUAAUUUAGUUAACUAAAUUAAAAUAACGUAACUACUCGAGCCAUUAAUUGUACAGUAUGUGCUUUUUUUUCAUAUCUGACAUAGAUCAUAGAUCAUUUUCUUUCAUUGGUGCCUUCUUAUUGAAUACGUUUUUAAUAUUUACUGCAAUUUGUCUGCUUGUUUGUAAUAUUUAGAAUGCAGUUAAACUAUGUGAAUUAAAAUGAUAUCAAUCAUUUUAGACUUACCAAAAAGCUUUUGAAAUGUGACAUAAUGUAGGCCUAAAACUGCGUGCAUUCUGAGGGAUGCUUAAAUAAGUGCUUAAAUAUAUGCAUGCCCUCAUGCAGUGUGUGUGGUUUUGUUACAUUUUGCAUGAUGACAGCAGUGGCCUAUUUACACAGCAGGUGUACGCUACACACACACCACCAUCCAACUUACGGUCUCAGAAAUAGAAACAUUAGGUACAAAAUACGUUUUUAAAAAUGGCAAAAAAUGACACACACGUAGCAUAAUUGGUUAGGGGAUCGUAAAACGGCAGCCAUCUCCUUCGGCGCAGGUGACAAAUAAAAUGGGACUCUAUUACCUCUCAUGACAUGUUUGUACAUUGCUAUAUGUAUAUACAGUGUACCAUGUUAUAUAUUAUCAAUUUAUGCAUUGUGGUGGUUUCUGUGUGUACUCUUGUUUUUAGUUGACAGAAAUAAAACUCCCCUAUUAUUGAAUGAGGA